AUGUCGAAGGUAUCGCGUGAAGCAUUGAAUGAAGCUGUUGCUGAUGUCCUCAAGGGGGCUCAGGAGAAGAAGAGGAAGUUCCGAGAAACUGUGGAGCUUCAGAUUGGUCUCAAGAAUUACGAUCCGCAAAAGGACAAGCGUUUCAGCGGCUCCGUCAGGCUGAAGAGCAUUCCUCGACCUGCAAUGAAAGUUUGUGUUUUUGGAGACCAGCACCAUCUUGAUGAAGCUAAUGCCAACGGUAUUCCUUGCAUGAGUGCAGAUGACUUGAAGAAACUCAACAAAAACAAGAAGUUAAUCAAAAAAUUGGCGAAGAGUUACGACGCCUUUCUCGCUUCCGAAUCAUUGAUAAAGCAGAUUCCUCGU